AUGAGUAACAAGGAAUGUCUAGAAAGGAAUCAAAGCACCAUCGAGAAAUUCUCCAGUAUUCCACCGAUGCUCGGUUUCUACGUGACCAUCUUUCUCGUGUGGAUAAUGAUUGGUCUGAGUUGGUUGGAUGUUAUAUUUUUUACUCGAUAUUUACAAAGCAUUGCUCGAUCUACUGAACGUGCUCUUAGCCUGGAAUAUGUGGGCGGUUGGGGUAUGUCAACCAUAUGUCGGCCGUUGUUUGACGAUCCAACAUUUUCGAUAUACAGUAGUCUUAUCAGAACUGUGGAUUUACCGGAAGAGUACAGCGUCAACGUCUCCAUCGAGCAGCAUGGUAUCGCACCAUUAAAGGAUAAGUUGGCGGCGACUGUCAAUUCCCUAAAGCAGCAAAUGACCCAAUAUAUGAAAGAACCCACAAAAAUUCAGGAACGACUCGAUGAUUAUCUGAUUUCAUCUUUGGGGUUUCGUAAGGAUAUAACAAGCACUUUGCUAUCAGAAUGUGUUAGUGUCGAUUCUGACGCUACUCGUGAAACUGUGCAACACCUAGAGUCAUUAAGUGGAUCUUUAGAAGGCUUGAGCUCCGAUAUUAAGGGCCUCAAUAACUCACUGGCAGUUGAUCCCACACUGAAAAACGAAGAAGUCAUUGAAAAAAUCACCAAUCUUCACACUCGUGCAUCUGACUUGAUUGAAAUGGUUUUGAUAAACGCCAGUGAUCAGUACACGCAUGAGCUCACGGCGAACAUAUUUCCGUGUCGUAGUCUCUACGACGUCUAUGAAUACGCCGGUUUCGUUCUGUGUAAAACCAUCAGUGACCCAGUUCAGGGAAUGUGGGCAGCUGCAGGUGCGCUCUUUACAGUUCUUGCUUCUCGUAUUUUACGAUGA